GCUGCCUAACCGUCGCCGCUCGUCCGUAUAUACCCCCCCCACCACCCAUCAACUACCAUAUAAUACUCCCCCCGUCAACCACCACCCCUCCUCCAGUCAACUAACCACUAUUACUACUACUACCUCCAGUCAUAACUAUCUAGUCUCGAUUCGAUUCUCAUUAGGUUAUUGUAUUUGUGUUGUAUUUGUGAAGAGUGGCAACCCCCCCCACCCCCCCUCCACCCCCCUCCACCAAGAGUUGAUCAAGGCACUGACCAAUCUGUGAACGACUUAAACAUUAACCCUCAGCACUCGAGGCGACCUGAAGAUUCGAGUGAAGACUUGAUAUAAAACUCAGAUUGAGUGAUCGUACUCAAGAAGUGAAGAUCCACGAGUGUGACUUUGCGUGUGUGUGUGUGUGUGUGUGCGCGCGCGUGUGUAUGUGUAGCUCGGAGAAGGCGCACUUAUACCACAUACACACACACUUCAACGUCUCAACCGCCUCUGAAGUAAUCUGAGAGCUGCAGUGUGAGGCUCGUGAGGCAGGUGACGAGUGAGGAACGGUCGAUUGAGAAGUGUUCCGGCUGCAGUGUGUGGCUAGGUGCUGUGCCACACACACCCACACCCACCGGUGCACAGCACGCCUAGCCGACCAACCAACCCCCUCCCCUCUCCCCCCACACACACAAACCACGCCUUCACCACCUUCUGUGAUAACGCCGUGUCCUUUGAACCAUUUUGUGAUCUUCAGCACCUCUACUUAAACCCCUCCUCCGGUAUUAAUAUAUAUAUAUAUUAGAGUGCGGUGUUUGUAAGGGAGCGGAAUCGCUUCCGCCUUCUUAACUCCCCUCUCCUACGCACGCCGCCGCUCCUGCUGCCUUAUACAACUACGGCUGCUAGCGCCUGCUCCUGGCACACGCCCACACGCCGCUCAGAGUGAGAGCUACCAAGAGCCCGCCACACAGCCAAGAUGGGACGCAAGAAGAUUCAGAUCUCUCGGAUUACCGACGAGCGCAACAGACAGGUGACCUUCAACAAGCGGAAGUUUGGAGUGAUGAAGAAGGCCUAUGAACUGUCAGUGUUGUGCGACUGUGAGAUUGCACUCAUAAUAUUUUCGUCCUCAAACAAACUUUACCAGUAUGCCUCUACGGACAUGGACAAGGUGCUGCUCAAGUACACAGAAUAUAAUGAGCCACACGAAUCCCUCACCAACAAAAAUAUCAUUGAGGUGACAUUCACAAAGCGCAAGUUUGGUCUGAUGAAAAAAGCAUAUGAGUUGUCGGUGUUGUGUGACUGUGAGAUCGCACUCAUCAUCUUUAACUCUAGCAACAAACUAUUCCAAUAUGCCUCCACGGACAUGGACAAGGUCCUCCUCAAGUACACCGAGUAUAAUGAGCCUCACGAGUCCAGGACCAAUAAUGAUAUUGUCGAGGCUCUUAACAAAAAGGAACACAAAAAUGGCCUCCAGUCGCCAGACUCCCCAGACGGUGAGCACGAGUAUUCUCUCACUCCCCGCACUGAGGCUAAAUACAACAAGAUUGAUGAAGAAUUUACUUUGAUGAUGCAGCGUAACCAGAUCAAUGGCAGUCGACAACCAGUAGGGCUGAACAACUACAAUAGUAUGGCCGUGACUGUACCUGUUAACAAUACAAACUAUGAUCCAGCCUUGAUGCAGCCCUCGCCACAGAUGUCUCAUGCCUCUCUCUCACCACGACCUGGAUCCUCAAGUGGAAUGCUCGACAUGAAUGGCUCAAAUGGCUAUCCUGGUUCAACUUCGCCUUUACCACAUGGAGGAGCACCAUCACCUGGACUACUGCCUCGACCACAUUCGUCAAAGACUCACUCUCCCACCAGACCAAAUCUUCGUGUUCUCAUUCCCAACUCACAAGCACAGAAUGCACCACGGCCAGGGUCGCCCACACUCAACACACCAGUAGUAUCACUUCAGUCGUCAAGUAUGAACCCAUCAAUGACCUAUUCUUCACUCAAUUCGUUUUCACAUCAAGACUUCCCACUUAAUGCUGACAUCUCUCUCAACCCCAUAAACACACUUCACCAAUGGAACAGUGGGUCUCUGGGAAUGUCACACUCUGGUCUGCCUCAUCUCAGUGUCAGUUCCUCCACGCCACCCCCAGCUGCCUCACCGCCCGUUAGGAUCAAGUCAGAACCCAUCAGUCCUCCACGUGAUCCAAACUGCAUCCCUGCAUCUCACUUGCAAAGACCAGCAUCCACAGACCCCGGCCACUUGUCACCAGCACCACCUUCACAUUUGGGUCCAUCUUCCAACCAUCCUGGGCACACACUUUACACCAAUGCACUUUCAGGUCACUUGACUCCAACGUCACAUGCCUCACCUGAAGGAGCCUCUCAUCACAGUGACUAUGAUACCCCGUUGAGCAAACGGCCGAGAAUGUCAGAAAAUUGGGCCCCUAAUUCGUGAGGUGCAAGAAGGGCUACCACGUGCACCAGUGAGAGGACACUCAGUGCUGCGUGAUCAGUGCCUGGUGAGCUGGGGGUGCCGUCCCUUGGGUCAAGAAGCCCUCACAAUUGUGCCCCCACCGCCUCUGCCUCUAUGGACCACAACGGUUGUUAACUGUACAAAAAAAGACUUGGGGAGCAGUGUGUAUGUCCUUUGCCGUGUGUGUGUGUGUCAGUGCCGCACUACCGUGACAGUGCCAAGAGAGGAGCUGCAGCCCUGCUCCCCGGCCUCCUGUGUUUGUGAAUCACAUUCCCUUACUCCCUUCUGCCAGUCUUGCUCCAGCCUGCCCACCUGCAACAGCCCUCCAGCCUCUUAUAGGCACUGGUGACUGGCAUAUGUAAGAGGACAGUUCAAUGCCUUCUCAACCAUGGUAAUCUGAGGGCUGUCAUGACUUUCUGCCUCUUCGCAGUUUAAAAUUCACAGCCCACCUGGUUAAGGGCUUGGAGAAGUCACUGCCAAGCAUCUAUGUAUAUGUGUGACCCUAGUGUCAUAAUCUGCAUGGUUGACUUCAGGCUGCUGGCUAUCUUGCCCAAGUUUUGGGUUGUUUCCUGCCUGUUGGAUACAUGGUAAGGAUGAAGCCUACCCAAUAGAAAAGGGUCACUAUUAACACUACUGCAUCAGUUGCAGUUUACAAGUCUGUCACCGCCACCUAUGUACUUGUUAGUUCUGGCUCAAUGUAAAUAAGCAAAAGACAUGAUUAUUUUUACUCUUUGUACAUAUUGGCCUAUAUGAUAAGAUUGCCUGGUACUUGGUGUGUGGUGGUGCUGGUGGAGGCAAGGGAGGCAAGCAGCAGUGUGGGCUACCUCCCCCACCACCCCAUACUGCCGCCCUCUGUACCUCUCGUAUGGUCUUUCUUUGUACCUUGUGCCUCACCUUACUGUGUAAGAAGUUGUAGCCUCUAGUAACUGUGGACAGUAGUGCGUGGCCAGUGUGCACUGCAUCGUGGUGUGGUGGUGGUGGCAGACUGGAGAUGGUAAAUGGGUGGUGGCAGCUGUGGGCAUCACUAGGCCCUGUAUGUGUGCCUUGCUGGCCACCAUCGUUCCUCCAGCUCCAGGUGGUCCAACAAUGCUGCCACCCAUCCAUUCAUGUGGUUACUGCCACCCACCACGGGGCUUGGCCCACAAGGAGGAGGAGCCAGCUGUACCAUACCAAAUACAACACUAACUGUCGAUACAUAAACAUUUAGACUGUGUUGACUUAACGUUGUUUGUAUAAAUACAAAGUCUAGAUUCUUAAUAAUUUAUAUGAUACUGCUAAUGUAUAAUUCUACAAGAAAUGUUUAUAGUUAUAUUUGAUUAUAAUAAAUCAAAACACCUAGUUUCUAAGCAAAGACACUAAACCCAUUACCCUAAGCAUAUGUUGCACCUUGUUGUGGCGUGAUUACCGUGUACCACAGGCCGGCGUGCUGGGGCUCAGUGGGACAGGGGGGUGUAGGGGCCCAAGCAUAGCAUCUUCACACCCACAAACCAUGUAGUAACAUGUUCCCAUUAACUAUUCAUUAUGCAUAUAUAUUUUUGUGCAUUUUGAAUUAUUGAUACCAGAAAUAUCUUUUGUAAAGCAAAGCAAGGUAAAAAGCAUCGGUAAUAUUUCGUAAUUUACUACUACUAAAUUGACACUGUUUUGUACAAAUGAGAAUACUAAUAUUAUCUGUGAUGUACAUAGUGCAAUUCAGUGGGUCCCAUUCACUGCUGUAACCUUAAUAUGUAAAUGUUUUUCAGUGAAUGGUGUGCUCAUAAUGAGCGAUUGUAGCUGCAAUCAUCAAGUGGUGAUCACAUUUGUAACUGGUCAUGUAAUGAUCCUUUUACUCACGGGGAAGGGCUCUGGCUUGUCAGGUAUCAAGUACUUUAAAUGUACAGUUUUUGUAGGCUGCCCCUCAUAGAUAAUACAGUUUAACCGAGCACAGGGAGAAUCACUGUCCAUAUGAUCAUGGUGCAAGUAAGAACAGAGUAACUAUCUUACAACAGGCCAGAGCACAUCUUUAAGUGGGUAAGGACAGAAGUAUGACAGUGCUUUUUUAGCAGAAAAAAAGUUUGUGUGAGGCAUAUCCAGCUGUCCCCCUACCCCUUCCCCCCCGCCAGCAGCCCCCGUCCUCAUGUUCUGACAACAAGUUACAUGUUUGUGUAGAAUAAGUAUACUAUUAAUAUUUUUUUGUUAGUGAAAUAGAAGCAUUUUGUGUGAAUUUUGGCAUGUUAUUCAAUAAAAUCUGAAUAACAUAA